AGUGGAAAUGAGAAACAAAGGCAUGCUGCGGCUUAGCUAGCGUUCCAUAUAAAUGCCCAUCCUCACCUUCCAUUUCUCUCACACAGGACAGGAGAACCUUCCCUUCCCUAGCUUAUAAUUAAGCUCUUGUUGCUCUCUCUCCGGCAAGGCAAUCACGAGCUCUCCCAAACCCACCCAUGGCCAAUUUCCAAAUCACCCCAAGCCGUGUAACCGUUGACAACAACGAGUACAAUUUCAGCAACCUCUACUUGCUCCACGCCCCUUCGGGUCCUAGAAAGAACCAAGCCGAAGUGACAAGAUCGGAUGCUGAUACCGGUCUGGGCGUGAUAGCCGUCAACAACUGGGAGAUAUACGAUGGACUUGGCCCAGGCGCCGCCAUUGUUGCCCGUGCGCAAGGCCUGCACAUCCAUGCUGGUAACUGGAGCAAUGUCUUCAGCAUAGUGUUCGAGACUCCGAGGUUCAGUGGGUCAACCCUUGAGGUGAUGGGUACAUCCGUUGACAUUGGCGAGUUCGCCAUUGUUGGCGGGACAAAACAGUUUGCUAUGGCAAGAGGAGUCAUCUACAAAAAGUAUCUUCCGGAGCAAUCGACGAGUGAUGGUGGUAUCAUACAACUUACCAUCCGCGGAUUCUUCCCCGUGCUGAAACCGCAACCAUCGCCGCCGCCGCCGCCGCCGGUGAACCGUACGCGUGUCCUCAAGAUUGGGCCAUGUGGUGGGAAUGGAGGGGUAGUUUGGGACAUACCAGGCACACCGUCACCAACACGUCUAGAAAGUAUCACAAUAAGUUACGGCGGGGUUAUUGAUGGAAUUGAAUUUUCCUACAUUAACCAAUCUGGCCAGAGGUGCACUACAGGCCGUUGGUGUGGUAAAGGUGGAACGCGUACUCAACUGAUUAACCUUGGCCCAUCUGAGUUUGUGAAGGAAGUUUCAGGAACAAUUGGCGCUUAUCGCCACUACAACAACAUCAUUAGAACCCUUGCAAUUGUCACCAACGUCAGGACAUAUGGGCCUUUUGGGAACCAAUUGAAUGGAACCGCACCAUUCAGCAUCCCCGUGCAAAACAACAGCAGCAUUGUGGGUUUCUUUGCGCGCGGCCAGCAGUUUCUCGACGCGAUUGGCGUUUAUGUGCAAGAGACACAAUAAUUUUAGGUUCUGGUGUGUUGCUGAAAUAAUAAGGGGGAUCUUCUCUUGUGUGCUAGCUGAUGAUCCUUUGUACUUGUAAUGCUUUCUGUUAAAUUAUUUCCCUUCCGUACCCUUUGUCUUUUGAAUGCAAGCAGCAAUCCAGUGAAGCUUUGUUGGUUAUAAUAACUUAUACUAUGUGCUUAUUUGAAAUGAGAAAAAAGUUAUUGCGCAA